UUGUGUUGAUAGUUUGUACUAACUAUGUCUGUGCGUUAGUGUAUGUAUACUGUAUAGUGGAUCAGCGCUUUUGAUAACUUGCACUGGAGUUAUUUUUGGACACUUAGCAUUUAACCAUAAUGACAGGGUCCCCUUUGGAUUAACUGGAAUCUGUUUUUAGCAUCCAAGAGUGAUAUUACAUCUGGAAUAACAUUGACUUACUACACCUGUACCUGAGUUAAUGACUACAUGUAAAUUAAAUAUUGAGGUGGAUUCACUGUUCAGAAUGAAACCUUCAAACCAGUUUGAAAUAUAAAGCAUCAACUUUUCCCAGCUUCCCAAUGUGACUGCUGGGGCUGAUAUCACCGCAGCAAACUUCAGUGAUCACUUCCCUGAUACUUCUGCACCAGCAAUCCAGAAGGUAGGUGGAAGUGGCAGGAUGUCUCCUGUAAGAGCACACACCAUGAAGGAGUAUGAGCAGCAAAUCUCUGAUCUGAAGAAGGAGAACUUUAGUCUAAAGCUGCGAAUCUACUUCAUGGAGGAAAGAAUGCAGCAGAAGUUUGAAGACAAUGAUGACAUCACAACAAACAUUGAGCUGAAAGUAGAAGUUGAGAGCCUGAAGAAAGAAUUGACAGAAAAACAGCAGCUUCUUGUCAAGGCAUCUAAUGCCGUAGAGAGUCUAGCCCAUGAGAAAGAUGUUAUAGCUGAGAAAAUGAAGGAGGAGAAAGAUGAUGCCCUUAGUCAACUCAAAGAACAACUUGAUGGGAAAUGCCGUAGGAUACAACUGGAACUUGAUGAGUUACAACAAGCUAAUCAAGGCCUACAGAAUCAGCUUGAUAAUGCUUCCUCAAGUAAGGAAAACUUAGAGGGUGAUCUUUACAACAAGAAGCUAGCAUCUCAGAAGCAACACAUGGACAAUAAAGAAGCACUUGCAGAGAAAGACAGGGUGAUAGAGCAACUAAACUCUGCUCUGAGAGCCAAAGAUCAAAUAAUAGGAAAGUUGAAUGAUGAGAAGGUCUUGACUGCAAGGAAGACAGUACAACCCUUACAGGAAGAGGUCAACAAACUCAAGGAACAACUACAGGAUAAACAAGACCAAAUUGAAGAUAUGGAGAAAGAUGCAGAUAGAGGUAAAGAUAGAGACAAGGAGAGGAUUCGCAAACAAUAUGAGGAUGUAUAUCUUGAGCAGGAGAAGAGAGUUCAUGAGUUGGAAGAUGCUACUGAAAAACUUCAGGAUGAAAUCAACAACAAAACAAAGAAUGUCAAGGAUAUUGGAAAUGCUUUGAUGGUGUCACAGAAGGUCAUCAAGGAGUUGGAUAGAAAAGUGAAGGACAAAGAUGGUGAGAUUGAAACCCUUGAGAGUGAAGGAAAGAAAGAAGCCAAGGCAAAGCAAGGACUUACAGAGAUGAUCAAAGCAAAAGAUAAAGAGAUUCAACAAUUAUGUGAUCAAAUAGAGGACAUGGAAGAAGCUCUGACUAGAGCGAAUGAGAGAGUAAAUAAAGCAGAACGCAAGAAACAUGAGGGUAUAGAACAGCAGCAGUCCUCUCUAUCAGAAUUGGAAGAAAGAUUAGCUGAUAUGAGAUCUCAACUACAUACAAAAGACCUUGAUAAUGAGCGAUUGCAACGUUCAAUGACUCGAAAACAGCAUGAAAUAGAAAGGCUGAAAGAUGACAUGAGAGAAGUAGAGGACCAAACAGAUGGCAUGGCAAAACAAAAAGAUGAUACAAUAAAGCUUUUAAAGGACCAACUUCAAGAUUCCAAAGCAAAAUCCAAAGAAAAUGCAGAUGCAAUUGAACAACAUUACCAGAAUCUUCUUGAUGAUAAUCAGCAUCAACUUGAUCUCAAGGAGAAGAGCAUUCAGAGGUUAACUAAAGGUCUUCAAGAGAAGGAUAGACUCGUUAAGGAAUACAUGGAGCUUGCAAAGAAUGCCAGCUUGCCUGAUGCUCAGCAGGCGUCAACAGAAAGCAUUUUACAAGAUCUAAGAGAUAAGCUAGCAGACAGGGAUAAAGCCAUACAGGAGGCAAAUGAAGAGAAAAUAAAGGCUGUUGAUGCUAAGGAGGCUGAAUUAAGAGCAUUGAAACACAGUCUUAGAGAUCAUCAAAGAGACCUUGAGAAGGCUAAUGGUGAUAUGAUGGAAGAUGCUAAUAGAUUAGGGGAACUGGAGGCUAAAAUGAAGGAUUUGGACAACAAGAACAAACAACUCUCGGACAGUGUCAAGGCUCUAAAUAAAGCCAACCACGAUGCUGAAGAUAACCAUCACCGAUCACUUGGUGAGAAAGAUGCAAUAAUCAGUCGUCUGCAGUCAGCCAUCGCUAGCAAGGAGAGAGAGCUUGAGGAAGAGAGAGAUACUCAAAACAAGAAUAGAGAGCGUAACGGAGCAGCUCAAAAUGUAGCCAUUCAACAGCUAAAUGAACGACUAAGAGACAAAGACAAACAAUUGGAAGAUAUUGUUAGUGAGCGUGCUCAAGUAGCUGCAGCCAAUGAGAAAGCCACACAAGAUCUUUUACAAACCAUCAGGGACAAAGACACACAAAUUAAGGAGCUGAAUGAUAGAUACAACAGAGCACUUGUUGAUAAGAGCAAUGCAUUGAGAGAUCUACAGAGGCAGGUUAAUGAGAAGGAAUAUGAACUACAGAAUGCAGAAGAAACACUUGCAAGAGCUGACCAUGAGCAGGGCGCCCUCCUUGGUAAGAUGAGAAAUGCCUUAUCCGAGAAAGACAAGACAAUAGAGAAACUUCUUGAGAGUGGGCGGGAGAAAGAUCGUUUGUUUCUUGAAAUGCAGCAGUCGGCUGUGAGAGCUUCACCAAGUCCAUCACAUAAUGCAGAGAUGACCAGACUCAAGGAUGAAAAUGACAGAUUAAAUCGAGAGAUAGAAAAACUUACAGAUUUGUUAGCAAGGCUGAGAUCUCAGAAACCUGAUGAAGAUUAUGUAACUUCACUCAAGGAAGAUCUGAACAACAAGAACAAACUGUUAGCCAAAGCAAAGGAAUCCUUAGAGUCUCUGCAAGAUGAGCAAGAAGCAGAGAAAUUGGCCAAGCAGAAUGCUGCCAAGCUUCGCAGGAGGAUCUUGGAACUUGAAGAUGAACUUCAAGCCAAGGGAGAUCGGAUCAAUGAGCUCAACAAUGCUGGUAGAAUCAAAGAUAGUCUUAUCAAGGAGCUUAAGUUGGAGAUCAACAGAGUAAGAGAUGAUGACCAAUCUCCCAGAGGAAGUGACUCUUCAGAACAGCUUCAACAGCUCAUGCAAGAGCAAAUCCGAGAGCUUAGUCGUCUUACCAGCGCGCUCCAUGCCAACCUUCCCCUCAAUGUCAACAUCACCCACCAGAGUGAGACUUCAAGCACCAGAGGGGCAUCCCAUGAUGAUAGAGACAGGAAUAGCCUUAGGGAUGUCCUUGGGGCAGAACUGGCUGCCAUGCAGACCUUGAGACGACAGAUUGAAGAAGGCAUGGGUAGGAGAAAUGACAAUCACCUUCAUGUAGUUAUUGAUAGGCAAGGUGCUGUCCAAUCCUCAACGACAAGUGGUGUAGGUAGCGGAGUCGGCAGUGAUAGCAAUGAUAUUUCGCCAACUAUCACCACAGCUAGUGAGGCACAGCGCAGAAGCUUUGGAGUUGGUCAUGAUCCUGAGAGCAUACAACCGCCACCUCUCUUCUCCCAAGACACUGGCCUUUACAUUCCAGUUCCUCAGCCCAGUCUGAGCCUUGAAGAACUUUCAUUUCCCACUGCUGCUACCAAAGAAGAUCUCCAGAGAGAAGUGACGGAGCUCCGUUCUUUGCUCAAGGACUCCAAACAGAGGCAACAAACCCUUGAGAAGCGGUUGGAGAGAGAAGAGCUUGAGAGCUUGAGGAGCAUCCCUGGACAUGACCUUACUGAUCCAACCGCUGCCACCCGUGAGGAACUUCAGCGAGAGGUGGCAGAUCUACGUUCCAAGCUCAAGGAUGCCAAGAGGCGUUAUCAGUCCCUUGAGAAGCGUAUUGAGCGGGAAGAGCUAGAGAGCCUGAGGAGUGUUCCUGGACAGGAGACCGAUGGUGAUCCUCAGGUUAUCUCUGGACUUCAGAAAGAUCUGACAGGGCUAAGGAUGAAACUAAGGGAAAGCGAGAGACAUAAUACCACACUGAAACAUCAGCUGGAUGCAGCUUUACUCAACCAAGCAAGCAGCGAUAGCUCAGGGGACCAUGUAGUUCCUAUCUUGAAACAACAGCUUGAUCAAGCCAAAGCACUUUUGGAGGAGGAGAAUCACAAACUACAAGCAGCUGAACAGCAAAAUGCUGCUCUUCGUCACCACCUUGGCAUUGGUCCUGAAUCCCCUCCAGACUCUGGCAGAGACCUUGUUGAUAAUCUUAAGUUAGAGAAUGAACAUCUUGCUUCUCAGCUACAGGAAGCCGUAGAACGUGCGCAAGGGAGACAACAGGAUACCCAGAACAAAUAUGGACAAACGGCGGGUGCUUCAGCAGAUGGUGUGCAGGUCGCACUUCUCCAGAAGAAAUUGGACAAAGCACAGAACUUGAUUGAGCUUCUGAAGAGGCAUAUCCGUCUCAAUGGAUCAGGAGCGGAUGGACAGGAGAGAGAAUUUAAUCCAGAGUUGAUUGUAGAUAUGGCAAAGGAAAUUGAACGCUUGCGCAAAGAGCUGAACUCUGCACAGGACCAGGAACAAGUAUCUAAUGAUGAAACAGCUAAUACCAGGAGGACAAGAUCAGUGAGAGGUGCUUCAAGUUCUUGUGAGGUAGUCAUGCCUCCUUCAUUACAUAAGCAGCUUGAAAAGGCACAGUUGGAGAUGAAUGCAACAAAGAGAAGAUUCAAAGCUCUUACUCUCAAGCUUCAUGCCACUGAGGGCACCGUUCAUCAACAGGCAGAACGCAUCAAGCGUUACAGACGACAGCUACAUAAUAUGGGCUUACCAGCACCUGGUACUCCUAAGCGUGUCAGCAGUGACUCAAAUCUGCUGAAUGCAUCUACUUAUGCUCAAGCAAACAGACGUUUGUCAGCCGUUUCUCUGUCACAGAUUCCUAGUUCAGAUGAUGACAGGGACAGCACGUCUUCGGCAAGCUUGACACCAUCAGAAAGGAGUGUGGGUGCUGCUGAUGUAACGUUUUCUGGGUUUGGUUUGACCAAUGACACAGAUGAACUCAAAGAGCAAGUGGCAGUCCUGAAGAAGCAGUUGAAGAGAUGCCGCCAUGUAAUCCGCAAGCUCCAAGUCCGUAUUCAAAAUGGUGGAUUGAGCCGUCCUUCCAGUCCAUCCCGUGAUCCUUCUAACCAGAACCCUUGGUUUGAACUUGUAGCCAACCGAGCAGCAUUUGAGCGUCUCCAGCAGGAUCUGGAGAACGUGACAAGCCAGCUAGAGAAGGUCAUGGAUGCAAACGCCUCUCUUCGGGAUCGUAACCAGGAGCUCCUAUCUGAGCUGGUUGAGCUCCAGACCCAGAAGCAGAACUCCUUCAGUGAGGAGGUGAUCAGGUCACAGGAGCUGGAGAUUGGAAGGCUCCACGAGCAGCUGGCGGAACUUCGUAGUCUGAUGGGUGUCCUUACCAACAUGCUUGCAGAAGCAUUGGGAAUCCUGAAAGGAUUGGAGAAGGAGAACAAGACAGCCCUAGAAGGUGCCUUCUCUGAGAGAGUGACUGUCAUUGAGGAGAGGUUACAAGAUGGCACUGAAGUAGUAGACACAAUCAAGAGACUCAUAGGAGAUGAAUCACAGUUUGGGAGAAGACAGAGUGAAACUGAUGUCAGAGAAUUGUUUUCAGACAGGUUACGAGUGAAGGACGAACAGAUGCAGCAGUUGCGUGAUGAAAUCAGAGGACAACAAAAGCUAAACAGGGAACUACAAGAGAUACUUCACAAUAACCAACUCAAGGCUGACAGCAUGAAAGAUGAGAUCAAAAGAUUGAGAUCUGAGCAGACUAUGGACACCAAGACACAAGAAGAUCUGGAAAGACAAAGGAAACAGAAUCAAGACAUGCAGGAAAUCUUACGCAAACAGGAGCAGAGAGCAGAAGCUGCACGCAAGGACCUAGAAAGGGAGUAUGAGAAAGAGAUUAUUAUUCUACAUGAUCGACUAGAAGAAGCCAGAAAGAUGAAUGACAAACACAGAGAGAAGAGCAAGAAAAGUGCUUCAACUGAAUCAGAACAUUCAGGUGGUCAAGGAACCAUCUAUCUUCAUGAGACCAACAUCAAACUAACAACUGAGAAUAGUGUACUUCAGAAGCGGCUUAGAGAACAAGAAGAUAAGACUUACAGAGUGAAAGCAGAAUUGGAUAGAGCAAAUAAAGAAAUCAAGAGGUUACUUUCUGAGAAGCAUCGUUUAAGUGAUCAAACCCAAAGGCUUCAAGAUCAGGUGACUGAUAAUGAACAGCUUGCCAACUCACUUCGCUUUGAACUCAGUAUCUAUGAACAACUUCAUCAAAAAGAUAACAGCUCCAGAUCACCCGGUUCCAGAGGCCGAGCCGGGGAACAUUCCCCAUCCCAUCACCAUGUCAUUGACCGUACCACAGGCGUUGACCUCUCAGAACUCCUCAAGGAGCUACGUCACCUACGGAUCCAGCUGGAGCGGAGUAUUGAUACUAACAAUGCCCUUAGGAUCCGCCUGGAGGAGGCCCUUAGGGAGAAGACCCUGUCUCCUAACUCUGGGAAGGAAUCACCAAGAACAACGGUCAUCUCAGAGGAAGUCAGAAUACAUAGUAGCAGCAGCAGCACUAGGAGAAGAUCUAGUGAGGAUAGAACCAAGAGCAGUAGUGCAAGAAAACUCUUCACAGAUGGAAAGACACAGAAACACCCUGAAGGAAAUGGGCAUUUAGAUGAGGAUUUUGCAAUCCAUGGCAUUGGACAUCUCUACGGUAAUGGUGAAAGCAGAGUAAAGAAAUCCUCAUCAAUGCAAUCUAAUCUAUCAGAUGGCACUUCUAAGAAGGAGAGUUAUGCCGUCUCCAUGGCUACAACCUAUGAAGCUGUAAGGUCAGGGGUCAAAGAGGCAGCUGUUGUCGGGGGAACCAUUGAAGUGUUGCUCAGGGAGAAACUCUCCAGGCUUGCUCAGGUGGUUGAGGAGAGAAGCCCACAUUCCCGAGGGGAUCUAGUUGAGGUAGAAAGUGAAGACCACAUCCUCCUAACCACUCUUGCUCAUGAUGUCAGACGGUUGAUAAAGCUACUUAACACCAGUAAACGUCACUUAGUUAAUUUCUGGAUGACUGAUCAAUUGGUACAGCAACAUUCACAGAGUGACGAGGUCAAGGAGCUACGAAAGCGACUUGGAGCUCAAGAAAGACUAAUGAAAGAAGCUCAUGAUAGACUGGUAGCAACCAACAGGGAGAAAGAAAGCAUGGAGGAUGCUAUCAUUAGGCAGUUGUGUAAAACCCACCAUGUCAUCCAGAAAGCCAAAGGCAACCUGCAGACAGUGGAAUCAUAAGGGCAUAACAACCAACUGAACCAACAUUAGAAACAGAAGGUCACAUCACCUGCUUGCCUGGCAAUCUACCAUACAAAUUGUAUGAGAUAUUGAAUGAUCUUGCCUUCCACACAAUUGAUUGCUUAGCAUUUUAUUGUUAUAAGAUGGAAUUCUGAUUAAAUUAUAGAAACAGAAAAGGACAUGAACAUAUGAUUUUUAAGUGGAACUAAGCACUUCAAAGUAUAUAUCUUUUUGAUAUACCUUUUGCAGCCUUUCUGGUUUAAACACUCAGUUAAGUAAUAAUUAGGGGUCUUUUUUACAAUUUCUAUCUAUUUUUCUAUCCAUACACAUGAUCAUUAUGAAAUAAUGUUUGUAUAAUACCAGUCAAGCUAUGUAUUUUUCUUUCAGAUGAAAUUUA